UCCACUUUCCCAAUCCUAUUUAUUCUCUCCCUUCUCCACUUGAACAAGCAACAGAUCCUCCGACGGAGCUUCAAUCUCUCCCUCCCUCCUCUGUACGGUGUGCUUGACGAUUCAUCACUUUGUGCAACAGUCUUAAAAGCUGCACAAGAUGUAUUUUGGUGGAUAUGGAUAUCAUGGGACAUCAUUUGAGCAGACAUAUCGCUGUUACCCUGCAUCCUUCAUCGAAAAGCCACAAAUUGAAAGUGGUGACAAAAUUAUAAUGCCUCCGUCUGCCCUUGAUCGCCUAGCGUCCCUGCAUAUUGAUUAUCCAAUGUUGUUUGAGCUGAGAAAUAAUGCUGCUGAACGGGUCUCUCAUUGUGGUGUUCUCGAGUUUAUUGCUGAAGAAGGGAUGAUAUACAUGCCAUAUUGGAUGAUGGAGAACCUGCUCUUGCAAGAAGGAGAUUUUGUCCAAGUGAAAAAUGCAACUCUUCCAAAGGGAACAUAUGUUAAACUGCAACCACACACAAAGGACUUUUUGGAUAUUUCCAACCCAAAAGCAAUCCUAGAGACUACACUGAGGAAUUAUUCCUGCUUAACGACUGGGGAUAGUAUCAUGGUGGCAUAUAACAACAAAAAGUACUAUAUUGAUAUCGUAGAGACAAAGCCUUCUCAUGCCAUAAGUAUAAUUGAGACAGAUUGCGAGGUUGAUUUUGCACCUCCGUUGGAUUACAAAGAGCCUGAAAGGCCCAUAGCACCUGCCCCAGGCAAGGGACCGGCACAGGUUGAAGAGGGUCCUGCUGAGGCUGAACCAAAGUUCAAUCCAUUCAGUGGAUCAGGUAGACGCUUGGAUGGAAAGCCAUCGAAGAAUCCACUCAUGCCUGCUUCCACAAGUGUUUCCAUAGGCAAGCAAUCUGGUGUUGCUAAUGGCAAAGGAACGCCAUCUGCAGCAUCUGCUUCACAAUCGGCACGCCAAACUCAAGGAAAGCUUGUUUUUGGGUCAAAUGCAAACCGGACUCCAAAGGAGAAGCAAAAGGAAGCUCCAAAGGACUCUAAACAAGAGCAACCUCCAAAGGAAGAGCCAAAGUUCCAGGCUUUCACAGGGAAGAAGUAUUCACUGCGGGGUUGAGUUAUUGUGGAUGACUUGUUCUGCUCAAAGCAUUCAUGUAUGAUAUUGAGAAUACAGCACCUUUGCAUAUUUGCUUUGUUAUCGUGGAAGGGUUACUCCAGGCGAGAUUAGGUGUUGUGGAUAAUUGAAUUGACAUGUAAUUAUGACUGAUUGGAUCUCU